AUGGACUCGCGCAAGAUCGUCGAGCGCCUCGAGGCCCUCUACCCGACCCCGUCACUGCAUCUGGACUCACCGUACCAGGGGCGCAUCGAGCACUUCCUGCCCAAACUCGUCGGGACGGUCCGGCCGAUCUUCAUGCCCUUGGUGCCCGUCACGUUUCUGAAUCCGCCGUCCAAGGCCUAUUUCGAGCAGGACCGCGAAAAGGCCGUGGGCAUGCCGCUGCAGGAGUACCACGCCAAGAACGCGGAGCAGGCGUACCGCGACGUGGAACCGCUGUGGAAGGAACUGGCGGGUUGGUAUGCCGAGAAUGACGGCGGCGUGUGGCUUUCCGGCGGCGAGAUCAUUUACGCCGACGUCAUGGUGUUGGGGUUGUUGAGGAUGCUCGACAGGCUUGGUGUCGCCGACAGGCUCUGGGCGCUUGAGGGUGGAGAGGUCUUGAAGAAGGUCUAUGACGCGGCUGCGAAGUGGUUCGAGAGGGAUACUUAUUGA